AUGGUGUCUAACAGCAGUGUGGCUGUGGAGCUGCAGUCAGAGCUGGAGCGAAUCAUGGUCUCUGUUUUCACUAGUGUGCCGUGUGCUGCGCUGCUAACCAUUAAUGCCAUCAUUCUGUUCACCCUGAGGAGUAAACAAGUGUUUCGGGAGACGUCCCGCUAUGUUCUUCUGACUAACCUUCUUGUUGCAGACACUCUUUACAUGAUGAUGAGUCAGAUCCUGUACAUUAUGGCUAACAGCAGAGUUUUCUUAACAUAUCCUGUGUGUGGCACAUUAGUCCUGUAUGCUAUUCUAACAGAGACCAUCUUUCCUCUCACACUGGCUGAGAUGUCUAUAGAGAGAUAUGUGGCUGUGUGUUUUCCUCUCAGACACUCCUCCAUCGUCACCUUGAGAUCCACAGCAGCAGCCAUCGCUCUAGUGUGGGCUUUCUCUUUUGUCAAUGUUCUGAUCCGUGUUGUGCUGAUGUGUCAGUUCCCAUUUGAAGAACUGGACAGUCUGGAGAUGUCAAGGAUUUGUGACUCUUUUGUUGUGUUGGUAGUUCCAGUGGCUGCUGAAUAUGAUCGAGUCUACAACCUCUUGUUGUUUUCCACAGCAGGUUUUACCGUGACCUCCACUUUUAUUGCAGUCUUAAUCACAGCCAGGUCGGCCUCAGUGGAAAGAAAUUCAGUCCGUAAAGUUCAGAAUGCUCUGCUGCUGCACAUGAUCCAGCUGGUGCUUGGUCUCUCCUACAGAAUAUUCAUUCCUGUGUCUGUGACUCUUUUUCAAGUGAUGAGCUGGAUCAGUUUUGUCCGUAUGAUGAAUGUCAUGUAUGUGUUGGUUAUUCUUCUUCCCAGAUGUCUAAGCUCCCUCAUCUAUGGUCUCAGAGACCAGACCAUCAGACCCGUCCUCUUGUCUAAUCUCUGCUGUGGAUUCACUCGAGCUGUAAAUAAUCAGAUCUCAUAG